GUUUGUCAUAGCCACCUAGAUUACGCGAUUUAUUAAGGACUUGUGUUAUUUAAUCUUUCGCAUAUAGUUAAUAAUUAUUUUAUCUCGAUAAUAAUGGAUACAGGGCCAAAACAGAGCAGACUAAUGAACCCUCGCUAUGGAGCUAAUUGGUUCUCAAUCUUAACUUUUGGAUGGACAUUAGAAACAUUUAAAAUGGGCUACAGUCGAGACAUUAAAGACGCAGAUCUGUAUGCCCCACUGCCUGAACACCGUUCCAGUAUACUAGGUGAUGCAGUUCAGAAAGCUUGGGACCGCGAAGUACUGUCAGCUGAGCGCCGUGGAGGGAGGCGUAAACCUAGCCUAUGGAGAGUGCUUCUCAAAGUGUUCGGAUGCGAGCUCAUGCUUUAUGGGCUCAUACUUGCUGCUAUGGAGUUUUUGAUCAGGUUGCAGCAACCAAUUUUUCUUGCAUUGCUCCUCCGCUAUUAUAGCCCCGUUCAUGGCGAUAAUAAUCCGUCAAAUUCAACAUACCUGAACCGAUUAUUUUCCUACCAUGACAUGGAAGGCAGUGUGUCUUGGGGUGAGGCAUUAUUUUUCGCAUUCGGCAUUGUUUUCUGCAGUACCUUCAAUAUCAUGGUGCAACACCCGUUCAUGAUGGGCGUUAUGCAUAUGGGAAUGAAGAUGAGAGUUGGAGUAUGCAGUCUUAUCUAUAGAAAGGCUCUAAAAGUGAAUAUACAAUCCAUGACUGAAAACAGUGGCGGACUUGUUUUAAAUUUAAUGGCGAACGACGUCAAUCGGUUUGAUACAGGACCAUUAUUCGCGCACUACCUCUGGAUUGGACCAUUUGAAACUAUGCUUAUGACAGUUUAUUUGUACCGAGAGAUGGGGAUGCCAGCGGUGUACGGAUCGCUAAUCAUCGUAGCAGUUAUUCCAUUUCAGAUAUUCUUGGGAACGAACACUGCGUACUAUAGAAGAGGUACAGCAAUUAAGUCAGACGAGCGAGUCAGACUCAUGAAAGAAAUCAUCAUGGGCAUGGAAGUGAUAAAAAUGUACACCUGGGAACAACCGUUUAGGAAAAUAAUCGAUAUCGUUCGACGGCACGAAAUUUUCUACAUAAAGAUGACGUCAUACAUUCGAGGUGUGAUCAUGUCAUUCAUAAUGUUUACGUCCCGGUUCGGUAUCUUCAUCACCGUGUUGCUCUACGUGACUUAUGUGAACCGUAUUACUGUCGAGAAUGUCUUCUUCUUAACUUGCUACUACAAUAUCACGAAACAAACUAUGACGCUGUACUUCCCACAAGCGGUUGGCCAUAUAGCGGAAAUGAAUGUAGCAAUACAAAGAAUCAGAGAUUAUUUGCUGACGGAGGAAUGUAGUUUACCCGAACGAUUGCUAACUAAUGUACAAGAAGUACCACCGGUCCGAAAAAAACGAGUUACAAUUAUUGAACCGCACCACUUACAGAAAGCCCAUCAGAGAAACUCUGAAGCCGGUCCAUCGAAGGAGAAAGAGAUUGUAAACGAACAACUUAAAGAACCUCGUAAAGAAGAAAUAGCUAUCAAGUUUGAAAAUGCGUCGAGUAGAUGGAUCAAAUCUGCCAACAAAGAUGACGUUAACAACUUGGAUUUAACGAUAUUCGAAGGUUCCCUAACAACUGUAAUUGGAGCAGUAGGUGCGGGUAAGUCUACGCUACUACAUAUUGUGCUGAGUGAGUUACCCUGCACCAGUGGAACCGCGCAGAUAAAUGGCACUAUCAGUUACGCUAGUCAAGACCCGUGGUUAUUUGUUGGAUCCGUCCGUCAAAACAUUCUGUUUGGACAGUCAUUCCAAAAAUCACGUUAUAUGGAAGUAUGCAGGGUAUGUGCUUUGGAAAGAGAUAUCUCUCUCUUUCCUCAUGGAGAUAAAACAGUUGUUGGGGAGCGCGGUGUAUCACUCAGUGGAGGACAACGUGCCAGGAUUAAUCUGGCAAGAGCAGUUUAUAAAGAGGCAGAUAUUUAUUUACUAGACGAUCCACUGUCAGCUGUCGAUACCCAAGUUGCCAAACAUAUUUUCGAGAGGUGCAUCAAAAAAUAUUUGGCGAACAAAACGGUCGUGCUCGUCACCCACCAGCUGCAAUUCAUCAAAUCAGUUGACCACGUGGUCAUAAUGGACAACGGAAAGAUAAUUGGAAAUGGAGCUUUUGAAGAAUUAGACGAAAAAGAACUGAAGAUAAUUCAAUUGAUGAACGAGAAUACACGCGAGAUCCACGAGGAGGAUUCCAUGCCGAAUGACAUUAACACACCAAUACAGCCGAGUACUAUGAGCUUGCACAGACGGCACUGGUCAAUGAUACUCGAUAUGAGUGUUGCUGAUCAAAAACCUGAAGCAGAGAUACAAGCGAGUGGUCGAGUACGUGGGUCUGUGUACCGCGAGUACUUCAUGGCGGGCGCUCCAUGUUGCUUCGUUAUCAUCGUUUGCGUAUUGUUCGUGUUGGCACAAUUCUGUGCCAGCGCUUGCGAUUAUUGGAUUAGUCGAUGGAGUAAUGCAGAAGAUAAAUUAUCAGGCGACAAUACAAUGGACGUGCUUGUUUGGGCCGAGCAAGGCCUGGUCCGAAGAGACUUCGUUAUCAUCUUCGGCAUAGUAUUGAACUUACUAGGUGUUGUCCUGGUAAUACUAAUGACUGAUAUCACUCUGCUGAUACCGAUUGCUGCUGCAAUGGUAAUAUUCUACAUCUUCCGCGUUAUUUAUAUCAGGACUACCGGAGCCGUCAAACGGCUGGAAGGAAUCACUCGCAGUCCGGUAUUUGGUCACGUGAACGCCACUAUCCUUGGUCUGGCCACAAUCCGCUCGUUUGGCGCCGAGUUCCUUCUAGCCGAUGAGUUUGACCUCCACCAAGACCUGCACAGCGCUGCAUGGUAUCUCUUCAUCACGUGCAGUCGAGCGUUCGGAUUCUUUUUAGACCUCGUCUGUUUACUGUUCAUCGUGUGCGUCACUUUCAGCUGUUUGAUGAAGACAGACAUGGACGGUAGCAACGUGGGCCUAGCAAUAACACAGUCCAUAUCAUUGACCGGUAUCUUCCAAUGGGGCAUGCGUCAGUCUGCGGAGAUGGAGAACCAGAUGACAAGCGUGGAGAGAGUGCUGGAGUACACCAAGUUACCGCAGGAACCUGCCCUGAGAAGUAUCGGAAUCGUUGGUAGAACGGGCGCAGGCAAGUCGUCCAUAAUCCAGGCUUUGUUCAGACUGGCAUAUUUAGAAGGCACUAUCACGAUUGAUGGAAUAGACAUCAAUACAAUUGGACUACACGACUUGAGGGAGAAGUUAUCUAUUAUUCCACAAGAGCCAGUACUGUUCAGCGGUACUAUUAGAAAGAACUUGGAUCCUUUCGAUCAAUAUCCUGAUUCGGUAUUGAUAACAGCAUUGAACAAUGUGGAGCUUCAAGAAGAGGGAGGCGAAAGUCCUCUAUACAAAGAAGUGUCAGAAGGAGGAUCAAAUUUCAGCGUGGGACAGCGGCAGUUAGUGUGCCUAGCAAGGGCUAUAGUCCACAAUGAUAGAAUCCUAGUAUUGGACGAGGCUACAGCCAACGUGGACGCGCAGACAGACCAGCUCAUACAGACGGCCAUCAGAUCGCACUUCAACAGUUGCACCAUAUUGGUACUAGACGCAGGCCGUCUGAUGGAGUACGACCACCCGUAUUUACUGCUGCAGAACAAGCGAGGCUACUUCCGUAAGAUGGUGUCUGAGACCGGACCGUCCAUGGCAUCGCAUUUGCAUAAACUAGCUGCACAGAGUUACCAGAACAAGCAGGCCAGGGAUGAAAUGAAAGAGACUACAGCUGUUUAAUUAUUUACAUGAUAUACUUUAAUAUUUUUAAAUAAUUUUUAAUAUUAACUUACUUUAUAAUAUUAAUAUUUUAUCUUAAACUACGUUUUUAAAUAGUUAAUAAACAUCUGAUAAAGAUAUAAACGAGCGCUUUCAUAUAAUUUACAUUUCUAUUACAUAUUAUUUUAUAAGUGUAAAAAUAAACGCAACACGUAUUCGAUGCUGUUUGCAGCUACAAACGAACAUUAUUUGUUUUAGAACUUUUGGGAAUUCUGAGUACCAAGCACGAAUAACUAUCGCAUUCGUAUCGUAACAGUAUCGAGCGAGUUAAGCGUUCUGAUUGGUUGGUUCACUUGAGUCGGCCAAUCAGAGCGCCGAACGCACUCGAUACUAUUACGUUACGAAUGCGAUAGUUAUUCGUCCUUGGCCCUCAGAAGUUACAUUUUGGAUUUGAAUAUCGAAAAAUCGUGAACCCAAAGUUGUUAACUAAAGCACCACCUGCAAGAUCAUGCGUUUAUUUUGCAACACCUUGUAUAAAUCUCGUACAGCUUCAUUUUUAAGUCUUGUGACCUAGCAUUCAUAAGUAUUCAUAAACAAAUGAUUAUAAAAUACCACGAAAUCCAUAAUGUUAAUCCAUAAUUAUAAAAUAACAAUACUUUUAAAGCUUUUGGUUUUCAACCAAAUACAUAAUUACAUACAUCAAUCUAACUACUAAUAUACACAUCACAGAAUUUAAAUAACAUUUACUCAUGUUAAACAUAUUCGAGGACGCUCGAUUAGUUUCAAGGCAUACCGGGAUUCAUAAUCAUGAUUUGCAAGACCGACGAAUAUGUUUAAAUGAAUGUGUGUAAAUAUUAAUUAAACUCAGUAUUUAUUAAGAUA